CUGCCCUUUUCUGCCCGGUUCCCUUUUCCUAACUUCUGGACAGUGGUUUAAAAUGGCCUUGCUGAGGCAUGUAUCUGGAAGAUAGAAAGUAUUUGGCACCAAUUCUGGCCCCAUCAUUUGUGGCCACGACUCUUGUGGUAUGCCGAAGAUUUACAGGCAGUUUCUGUGGAACAUCUCCCUAUUCGUCUCUAACCAAGCACCAUAUAAACAAGAACUUGCCUAGCCACACCUGUGAGGACUGUGCUUUGACUGCCAAAAAGAUCAGUACAGACUCCAGAAUGGCAGCCACUCUCAAGCUGUUAAAACUGUUAAAAUACCAAGCAUCUUGUAAUCCUUCUGCCUGCCAUGCAGUCCAAAGCAUGGCAUAUUGGAAUAUGGAAAACAGCACAUAUUAUGGGGGACAGAACCUUCCUGAACAUAAUAGCUCCUGCCAUCCUGCCAGAAAAGUUAAGAAGAUUGAUAAUACCACCUUGUCUCAGAGAAUCUUCACAACCAGCAGUGCCCACCUGGGUUUGGAAUUCAACAAAGCUUCUACCCUUAAGGCCAGCACAUUGCAUCCAGGCUCACCCAGUGAGAAAAGAGUUGAAGAGGAUGUGGAGGUUUUUGAUUCCUUUGAAGGAACCCGAGUGUUCUUAAAGUUAAGGCCAGAGUACCAGCUUCACAGCUAUAACAGAUCUGAGACUCACCAACCCCUGUCUGUUUCAGAAGGUGAACUAAUUUUGCACAAAGUCAGAGUUUAUCAAACUAAACUCCAGCCCGAAGUCAUUACUUCUUAUUUUUGUAAGCUGAGCUCUCUGCCAGCGGAACAGCAUUCUGUUUUGUUGUCCAGUAAAAGCUUUGCUUUACUCUGCCAACUGACUAUGAAAAACAUGCAGCUCUUUAAUACCUCAGAUCUGAUCAGUAUUUUGAAAGCUUUUGUUGAUUUAAGAAUCCCUUUCUCCCCUUCCAUGCUAGAUGCAUAUGAAACCAGGUUUUGCCGUCAGGUGUGGGAGAUGAAUCUGGAUCAGCUUCUCCUGGUUGCUGAUCUUUGGCGGAACUUAGGUCGCAGAGUGCCUCGAUUUUUAAAUUUUUUUUUUAGUUACCUUCAUUUACACUGGAAAGAGCUAUCUUUGUCUCAGCUGAUUCACUUAAUUUAUAUUAUAGGUGAAAAUCGUCAGGUACCACAGGACCUAAUGCAAAAACUAGAAUCACUGAUCCUUAAGUAUAUCGAUCUGAUAAAUUUAGAGGAAGUUGGUACAAUAUGUUUGGGGUUUUUUAAGUCAAGUAGUAGUCUCUCUGAAUUUGUCAUGCGGAAAAUUGGAGACCUGGCUUGUGCUAACAUGCAGCAUCUCAGCAGCCACACCUUAGUUCAUAUUCUUAAAAUGUUCCGCUUCACUCAUGUAGAUCAUGUAAAUUUCAUGAGGCAGUUUGGAGAAAUUGCUCCUCAGCGAAUUCCGUCCUUGGGGGUCCAGGGUGUUAUGCACCUCACUCUCUCCUGCUCAGCCUUACGCUUCCUGGAUGAAAGAGUAAUGAAUGCAGUAGCUGCCUCUUUGCCUCCAAGAGUAACACACUGUCGAAGUAAAGAUAUUGCCAUUCUGUGGUCUUUUGGAACUCUGAACUAUAAGCCACCCAACACAGAAGAAUUUUAUUCCAGUCUGAUAAAUGAAAUUCACAGGAAGAUGCCUGAAUUCAACCAGUACCCAGAGCACCUUCUGACCUGCCUGCUUGGCUUGGCAUUUUCUGAAUACUUUCCAACUGAGUUUAUCAAUGUUGCUCUGAGUCCAGGGUUUGUCAGGUUAGCUCAAGAAAGAAGUAAGUUUGAACUCACUAAGGAACUGUAUACUCUCGAUGGUACAGUUGCCAUUGAGUGUCCAGAUUAUGAGGGCAGUCGUCUUAAUUCUCACCUUCAGCAAGAGGCAUCUGUAACACUGUGGAAUUUAGCAAGCAAGGAUAUGAGAUCAAAGCCCGAGUUCCUCGAAGCUCUCUAUUUACUUGAGACCAUGUUAGGUGGCCCCCAGUACAUCAAGCACCAUAUGGUUUUGCCUCACACCCGAUCUUCUGACUUGGAGGUUCAGCUCGAUGCUAACAUGAAGCCACUGCCUUUUAACAGUGAAGUGACGCCAACGGAAGACGUAGCCCGAUUACCAUUUAAGCAGGCGGGAGUCAGCCUUACAGAUGACUUGAUGAAUCAGUUGCUAAAGGGAAAAGCCAAAAGGUAUUUCCAGGGCGAAAUUGAGGUAGAGACUGGCCAGCCACCUAUGGAGUUAAGAAAGAAGACAGCUGUACCCUUGGUGGACUCUGCUUGCAAUGUGACAGAUAGAUUGGGGGAUGUGGGGACAGAUGGCCUGUGCCCUCUAGCCCACAUGCAGCCCCCACUAGUGAAGCUAGCUAUCCAGUUGACAAACAAGAACCAAUAUUGCUAUGGUACUAGGGAUCUGCUUGGACUGCACAAUAUGAAGAGGAGGCAGCUGGCUCGAAUUGGGUACCGUGUGGUAGAAUUAUCCUACUGGGAAUGGCUUCCACUACUGAAACGGACUCGUUUAGAGAAGCUAGCAUACCUCCAUGAAAAGGUGUUCACCUCUGCUCUGUAAAGGGCCUUCGUGGGCAUUCAUGUUCAUAAAAACAAUAGGUGUACACCCUACAUCCUUAACCAGAAAAUCCAAGUCAGAAAUAUUCUAAAAUCUGAAGCUGAGCACUGACAGAUCUCAGAUCAGGGAUAUUCAAGUGGUAGUCCAUGCAGAUACCCCAGACUUGAAAUCUGAAACACCUCUGGUCCUAAGUAUUUGAUAUAGGGAUUCUCUAUAACCUAUCUUCUAACCAAGUAAUUAUAAAAGCCAGAGUGUAGGUAGAUAAUACAGCCAUCUAUCAAGUAGCUGUGGGUAUCCUCUUUUCUGUUGCAGAGCUAUUUAUGUUACUACAGAGUGUGUAUAACCUAUGGUAGUGGCAAGCUGCUGUAGUUGUAUAUUUUGCUCAGAAUAAAUAAGCAUCUUCAAAAUGA